CAGUCGAAAUUGAACCUUAAUUGUACCGCAUGUGCUACUUCAGCUGAGUGUGGGCCGUGCUUGUCGCGGUCAAUCGGUGCCGGAUUUGUUCCUCGUGUUGUGAUGGCUCUCGGAAGUGAAGUGAAUGAUGAGAAUUCUACAAAAAAUACUUCUCAAAAAGUGAAAAACGGUUCGGCUAGCACCAAUGUGAAGGACAAGAGUGGUAGCGAGAAUGUUAUCAAAGCCGACAAGGUGGAGGUCACAAAGAUGAAAAAGAACAUAUCGGUGAAGACGGCAGGCAGCAACGGGCACGCGCGUACGCCCAACGGGCGCGCCGACGACGAGGGCGGUGGUAGCGCGCGGGUGUCCUACGCGGCUGCCGCGCGCAAGCCACCGUCCCCCGGCACCAACCCGGCACCGUUCCCUAUGCCCACAGAAACCACACAAAAAUCAAAAAGCAAUAACGAAAAGACACAAACGAAUUCCAGUAAAUCCAAUUCAAAGGUUAACGGGGAAGAACGGAUACCUAGCGACAGUGAUGUUAAAGAAGACAAGUCACACACCAAAGAGCAAAUUGUAAAUGGAACAAACAAAUCGCACGAGACCAUUGUUAAUGGCGACGCUAAAAAAGAAAAUACAGAAUGUGAUAUUAGUAGUAGUAGAGAUAAUGGUAAAGUAGUUUCUAAUGGAAUUAACAGUGAUUCAGACGAUUCGAAGUCCAGCAAGUCUGACGAGGGUCAUGAUGUCGUAUUACCGAAGGUUUGUCCGAAGAAAAACUCUGACAGUAGGGUAUCUGAUAAGAAAAAAGAGAGCAAAAAGACUAAGGCGGCAGCUGAUAAGAGUAGUGAGUCUGAAAAGAAAGUGAGUGUUAUCGUAACGGAUAAGAAAGAAGAAGAUUCAAAGGCAGCGGAUGCAACAGAAAAAGUUAACGGUGAAUGUAAUAAAGUCGUUAAUGGAGAUAAAGAUAGGGAGUCGACGCCCAGUGAAGAUGGUGAUGACAAAAAGAGAGAUGCUGAGGUUGUUUUCAUUCAAGAUAUGGGAUUCACUGUUAAAAUUGUUAGCCCCGGAGCGGAACCAUUAGAUAUUCAGGUAUUGAGCAUGGAGCUUGUGCAAGAAAUCCAUCAGGUGUUGAUGGAUCGCGAAGACACCUGUCACAGAACCUGUUUCUCUCUGCAACUCGACGGCGUCACCCUAGAUAACUUCGCGGAAUUGAAAAAUAUUGAAGGAUUAAAGGAAGGAUCAGUUAUCAAAGUGGUAGAAGAGCCGUACACGAUGCGGGAGGCUCGCAUCCACGUGCGUCACGUCCGCGACCUGCUCAAGUCGAUAGACUACACCGAUGCCUACGCCGGGCAAGAGUGUAGCUCGCUUGCCUUCCUCAAUGUUAUCACCCAGGGCGAUAUACUUGAAAAGAAGAAGUCGCGCCCAGAGAGCGUGGACUGCACGCCGCCCGACUACAUAAUGCCAGGCAGCACAGAGCGGCCAUUAUUGCCCUUGCAUCCGGGGCUGACCAAGGAGAACAAAGCUCCCCAAUGUUUAAAGGUGCUGACGACCUCUGGAUGGAACCCGCCGCCGGGCCCGCGCAAGAUGUGCGGCGACCUGCUGUACCUACACGUCGUCACUCUCGAGGACCGCCACUUCCAUAUCACGGCGUGUCCCCGCGGAUUCUACCUCAAUCAGUCCACCGAAGAAGUGUUCAACCCCCGCCCCUCCACCCCCUCCCUGCUGUGCCACUCCCUCAUCGAGCUGCUGAGCAUCGUGUCGCCCGCGUUCAAGCGCAACUUCGCUCUGGUCCAGAAGAAACGCAUGCAGAAACACCCCUUCGAGAGGGUCGCGACACCGUACCAGGUGUAUCAAUGGGCGUCGCCUAUGCUCGACCACACAGUGGACGCGAUACGCGCAGAGGACACAUUCUCGUCAAAGCUCGGCUAUGAAGAACACAUCCCGGGGCAGACGCGCGACUGGAACGAGGAGCUGCAGACCACUCGCGAGCUGCCUCGCGGCACGCUGCCCGAGCGGCUACUUCGAGAGAGGGCUAUUUUUAAGGUUCACAGCGACUUCGUAGCGGCGGCGACGCGCGGAGCCAUGGCCGUCGUGGACGGAAACGUGAUGGCCAUCAACCCCGGCGAGGAGCCCAAAAUGCAGAUGUUCAUUUGGAACAACAUCUUCUUCUCGCUGGGCUUCGAUGUGCGCGAUCACUACAAGGACUUGGGAGGCGAUGCGGCCGCCUUCGUCGCGCCGCGCAACGACCUCCAAGGAGUCCGCGUCUACAGCGCCGUGGACACGCCCGGGCUGCACACGCUCGGCACCGUGGUGGUCGACUACCGCGGGUACCGCGUCACCGCGCAGUCCAUCAUCCCCGGCAUCCUCGAGAAAGAGCAGGAGCAGAGCGUCGUCUACGGCAGCAUCGACUUCGGCACCACCGUGCUCUCGCACCCCAAGUACAUGGAGCUGCUGAGCAAAGCCGGUCAGCAGCUGAAGAUAAUGCCGCACUCCGUAACCAGCGCCAACGGCGAGACCGUCGAACUGUGCUCGAGCGUCGAGUGCAAGGGCAUCAUCGGCAACGACGGCCGCCACUACAUCCUCGACCUGCUGCGCACCUUCCCGCCCGACGUCAACUUCUUACAGCUUGAAGACGACGAGCUGAGAGAAGACAUCAAAGCUAUGGGCUUCCCUAUUAUCCACAAGCACAAGUUGUGUUGCCUUAGGCAGGAAUUAGUUGAUAGUUUCGUUGAGGCCCGUUACUUCAUGUUCAUCCGCUACGCAGCGUUCCACCUCCAGCAGCUCAGCGCCAAGCGCCAGCGCGACUGCGGCGACGCCAAGCCAAUCGAAGCCGGCAAAGAGCCAGAGGACAAAGAGCCGCCCAAGGAAACCAAAGAGCCGGAGACUAAACGCGACAAGAAGAGCCAGGAGAAAGAAGCCAAAGAUAAGAAGAAGGAUAAAAAAGAGAAGGAAAGUGCCAAAAAAGAAGAGGUUGCGGUUGAGAAAGACAGUGAAAAACCCAAGGAGGAUGAUUUAUUGUUGAAUGAGAAUUACUCGGAUAUCGAUACUGACGUCGCUAAGAAGAUUGUAGAAAGCAUCACGGAUUCUAUCUGCGGCGACAAGGAGAAGGAAGAGAGUGAUACAGGCGGACGCUCCCGUGCGGUAGUGGCAGCGGCGGCUCGCGCCGUAUCCUCCCUGAAGGAGUCCGAGUUCGACGUGCGCUUCAACCCCGACGUGUACUCGGCCGGCAUCCGCCACGCCGCGCCGCCCGGUUCGCUGGCGCGCCAGCGCCACCUCGUCAAGGAGGCCGCUGCCUUCCUGCUCACUACACAGAUACCCGCCUUUGUUCGCGAAUGCUUGGAGCAGCAGGCGGCGCCGAUGGACGGCGCGGGGCUGGCGGAGGCGCUGCACGCGCGCGGCAUCAACGUGCGCUACCUGGGCCGCGUGGCCGCCGCGCUCAAGCCCGUCGCCUCGCUGCAGUACCUGCACGCCAUCGCCGUCGGCGAGCUAGUGCUGCGCGCCGCCAAGCAUCUCUACACUGCCUACCUGCAGGGUUGCGAGCCGAUGUGCAUCGGGUCGGGCGUGGCGCACUUCCUGAACUGCCUGGUCGGCGCAUGCGCGGCGCCGUCGGUGUCGGGCGCAGACACGCCGGCGCCGGCGCGGGGGCGCGGGGGCCGCGGCCGCCGCCCGCGCCGCCCCGCGCCCGCCGGCCCGCUGCCCGAGUGGCAGAACCUCACGCCGAAGGCGCUGUUCGCGCAGAUCAAGCAGGAGCUCAAGGCUUAUUGGGGCUAUGAAUUGGCUGCCGAUAACAUGGACAAUGUUAUUGAAAAACACGGCCUACAAAAAAUAUCACUUCUCAGGUCCUUCGCAUUGAAAGUCGGUCUCCAAAUUAUGCUGCGGGAAUAUGACUUUGAAAGCAAGAACAAGGCCACAUUCACCAGCGCGGACAUUAUGAAUAUCUUCCCCGUUGUCAAACAUAUCAAUCCUAGGGCAUCAGACGCCUACAAUUUCUACACGACGGGUCAAAACAAAAUCCAAGCGGGCUCCGUAUCAGAGGGCCACGAAUUAAUCGCGGAAGCUCUCAACCUGCUGAACAACGUGUACGGAGCUAUGCACGGCGAGAUCGCGCAGUGCUUGAGGAUGGUCGCGCGACUGUGCUACGUGACGGGCGAACAUAGGGACGCGAUGGCGUACCAGCAGAAGGCCGUGCUCAUGUCAGAGAGGGUCAACGGCAUCGACCAUCCUUACACUAUUACUGAAUAUUCGCACCUGGCGCUGUACUGCUUCGCCAACGGGCAAGUGAGCACGGCGCUCAAGCUGCUGUACCGCGCGCGCUACCUCGCGCUGCUCGUCUGCGGCGAGAACCACCCCGAGAUGGCGCUGCUCGACAGCAACAUCGCUUUAAUACUGCACGCGGUCGGUGAAUACGAGUUAUCACUGCGCUUCGUGGAGCGCGCACUGAGCGUGACGUGCGCGGUGCACGGCGCGCGCUCGCUGAAGGCGGCCGUGGCGCGCCACCUGCUCGCGCGCACGCUGUCCUGCCUCGGCGACUUCCGCGCCGCGCUCACACACGAGAAGGAGACCUACUCCAUAUACAAGCAGCUGCUGGGCGAGAAGCACGAGAAGACGCGCGAGUCGUCGGAGUGCCUGCGGCACCUGACGACGCAGGCGGUGGUGCUGCAGAAGCGGCUGGCGGAGGCGUACGCGCGUGCGCCGCACCAGCCGCCGCAGCACCCGCCGCUGCACAUCCAGCCGCCCGGCAUGGCCUCCGUCAUCGACAUGCUCAACCUCAUCAACGGCAUACUCUUCGUGCAGAUCAGCCCUCAAGAUAUCGAGCAGUUCAAAGCAGAAAUAGAAAAAAGACAACUAAAAGACUUACCGAUCCCGGGCCUUGCUGAACUGAGCACCGGCAAAGAGAAAGUCGAGAAAACUGAGCUGAACGCGGGCGGAGACGCGUCCGCAGAGAGUUGAAACCGCCGGCCGUAAUCCACUCCCGCUUUACAUCCAGGGCCGGAUUAACCAUAGGCAAUGAAGGCAGGCUUAUUUAGGGGCUGAUCAGGUUCCAUAGAUAACUGAGUUUACUGGAUUGUUACCGUCAAAACUUGAACGGUUUACAAUCUACUCCAUAAAAACGAUAGCGCCGUGAGCGCCAUCUCGUUCGGGUGUCAAAGUAACAUCCAUUGAAAUAUUCUUAGAAUCAAUCCGUGUUUAUUGAUAACUCGUAAUCUGUGGCUCUAUUCAGAGAAUAACAUGAAGUCCCUGACGCUUGCGUAAUCUAGCUCCCUUCGCAGAACAUCGCUUGCGUUGCGUAAGGAUGGUAUUCAACCUAUCCAUAUUCUUGUCCAAUGUGUAUUGCGUCUCACAUUUUGCUUAGUGAGAGAAUGAGACGCAAUGACAUUGGACAGGUGGAAUACCACACUAAGAACUGGUAAUGAAUGCGGUGCCCAACGCAAGCGAUGUACUGCGUACAAAAGCAGGAAACUUGCUACAUACGCAACUGAUGUGGCCUGUGCCCUGUUUAUCAAAAGCUUGUAACUUAUAAUACAAGUAGAAGUCCCUUUCUAAUAAAAGCUGUCAAAAAGGGACUUCCACUUGUAUUACAAGUUACAAGCUUUUGAUAAACAGGGCACUGGUCUGCACUGCAGGCAUGCAAUGCCUGUUUGGCUUAAUCCGGCCCUGUGAACAUUUAUUAUACAUUGUUACUUUAUAAUUAUUGAUUGAUGAUAUUGUUCCUUAUUAUCGAAGAAUGUAUGCCGUAGUAGGUAGCGUGCUAAGGUUUGAUGUAGAUUUUUUUAUUAGUCAAAUUUUGAUGGUAAUUAUUUCGAUCAAAUAAUUAUGCGUUAUUUUAAGUCUCGCAGAGUGCAAUAGGUUUAUUUGCAUGUGCGUACGUUGCGUAUUUCGCUCAAAUCACCUGAACACGAUGAUUUCGUAGGACCUAAAAUCGGCCUUCAGUUUUCUACAUUCUUAUACAAGAAAGUAGUGUAACAUUGGUUGAAUUCCGUACACUAUCCCCCUUAUUCAUAAACGAUUACUAAAGUUGACAAGCCGAUAAUAAUCGUUUGUCCCUUUCCAUCAUACCAAUACAUCGGAAAGGGACAAACGAUUAUUAUCGGUUUGUCAACUUUAGUAAACGUUUAUGAAUAAGGGGGUAUGAAGAUAAAUAAUAUGCCUAAUGACAUUCGUUUCUAGUCCAAAUAAUAUCAGUAAAAAAGCUCAAAAUAAAGGAUCUUCGAGAUUCGAGAGAAAUUGAUUUGGAAUUAUUACACUAAACUGAAAGGUUUCUCUAUCACUAUAAACGUAUGUCCGGAAAUGCGAUGUUUCUUAUGUAAUCCAUAUUUUUUUCGACAAUGUUUUUAUUUAUAUGAAACUAACCUGAUAGUAUGUCUUGUAAAUGAGGAAUCUAUUUAUAUUGUUUAUUUAUGUAUUUAUUUAUACAAAAUACUAUUUAUAUUAAAUAAAGAUAAUAUCCUCGUUUUGGCAGUCGUGUGAACACAGUAAAAUACCUUUUCACCUUUUGUUUUACUAAGCAUAUGUAUGCAUUACUUAUUUUGAAAGUACCGAUACCGAUUUUGAGGUCCUGCAAUCACUGUGUGGAUGUAGGUUUAAUUUUAUGCUUCCGUUUCAAAUUCACAAUUUGAUCGUUAUCCGAUGUAGUGCAAUGGAAAUGUAGUGAUAAUAGCAAUAAGUUUCGGUUGUGAGCCCGGACCGCACUGCGCCCGGUGUCCGGCGUCCGGCGUCUGGUGCUACCGGCGAGUCCGAAUAAACAAAUGAUUUUAUGAAUUGUUAUGUCGAGUAUUAUUUCUUUACUUAAUUAGUACGGGAGUAUAUUGUUGACAUGCCCAUAGUCGUAGAAAUUUUGUUAUAUUGUCAUUGAAAUGUAACAGGAUUUGAACAUUUCUGUAGGUUUUUAAUUACGUAAGAAAUUGGUAUUGAUCAGAUUUUUAGAUUGUAUUUCGUUUUGUAGCUAGUUGCCUGCUUGCGAUGAUCCGUGUCGUUAGGGCGUCCGUAACGUCGCGCGGGUAUAAUUGGAGGUAGGUGAAAUCCGCCGCACGCGCCUGCGUCAGUUAGGGCGGUAUUCCACCUGUCCAAUUUCUUUGUCCAAUUUGUGUUUUGUCUCACAUUUUUCUUAACGUAGAAAGUGAGACGCAAUGACAUUGGACCAAGAUAUUGGACAGAUGGACCUGAGCGGCGCUCAUACAAUUUUUCGUUAACCCGCCCGCCCGCUCCGUGUACACGCGCGACGUUGCGGACGCCGUUAGUCAACCAGUUUCGACCAAAGUAAUGACUAUAACGAGUGACGGAGGAUACGCGACGUGGGAGCCUGGAUUGGAAAGACGUAAAUUAAAUUCCGAAUUAUCUACUGAUAUAAUAUACACUGCCUUUGAUUGUUAGCUUACUUUCAGAUUUUAGUGUGAUUAGUGCCAUAUAAUGUAGUGAGAAUAAAUCUCUUCGUAAUGUUUCUGUUAGUCUGUGAUAUAAAUGAAUUGUUUUAUCAACGAGCCACUUGCCUUGCUGAUGUUUAACAGUACUCAUCUAUCUUUUUUAGGUAUUUCAACUGAUCAAGUUCUUAACUGUUGUAAAUAAUACUUAUUUCCGGUUCUGACAAUAAUCUUCCGAUGCAUGUCCUUUCAUCUUGUGUCUAAUAUUCUAUGCAUAGCUUGAAUCAAAGGGAAUCAAUAUUGUUACUUUUAUUUUUUGUUGCUAUGAAUUUUUUCUAAUUUUUCUCAAAACUCUUUUUGUGUAUGUGUAAACCAAUGAAACUGUCAAUUGAAAAGAUAUAUACAAAUUCGAAUGAGACCACCAUACUGUAUUUUCCUGAUGAUUUUUAUAAAGUUAAUCAAAAUAUACCUACCUAACUACAUAUUUUAAACGGUAUCUCAAUAUUUUAGUGCAUCACAAUUAAUGUAAUAAAUAAACAAGCUUUUGCUUAUCGAGUUUUAAGGGCCGAAAAUAGUUUUAUCAAGAAGUAAGCACCGUUGCAAGUGUAACUUAAUGUCGGCGGUACACACUCGUCGAGAGCCUUCUCGCCGAGUCUCGGCACCGCUCCGAUCCAAUCGGAGAACCGUGAGACGAGACGAGGACGAGCGAUACGAGAAGGGAACAGUAUGUACACACUCGUUCUCGGCCUUUCUCAGUCUCUCGACGAGUGUGUACAUCCGGCAUAACAAUCAUACCAUGUAUCCUAAAUGAUAAGCUCCUCCCAUAACUAACAAUUGAAUGUUACUUAACUUUUAAGGAAGUUGUUAGAUGAAGUAUGUGCCUAAGCAAACAAUAAUAGUUGUUGUUGUUACAUUUCUUUAACAAUAUGACGACCAUGUAAAUACGGCGCUGUUCGUAGUAUACUAAUAAAAAUCGUUUUUAA